AUGAAAGAUGUUGCUUUCCCAAAGCGGAAUCAGGGCUUAGGGCUCGAGGUGGCUGCUCUUAGCGCGGGGAUGUUUGCACUGUUUGCCUCCCGCGCGGGUCACCCAAAGCGUAGAAGGUUCCUGAACUUCCUCUGCCUCUUCUUCUUCUUCUUGCUCUCGCUUUCUUCUUCACUUCCUCGCUUCCUCACCUCUGCCUCAGUUAUCCGUGAUAUCAGAGACUCACUCUGUGCUAGAAGACGGUUAUCGAAGAAUAUAGUUAGACCUACACAGUGCAAUUGUGCCUGGCCGAAGCAACCAUGGCUGAAACUUCAGCCUCUUGAGCCUAUUGCUGACAGACACCUGCUUCCAGGAGUUCGCCCGCGCGUAUACUUCGACAUCGAAAUUGGUGGAAGACCAGAGGGAAGGGUUGUGUUUGAGCUGACCGCAGAGAACUUCCGUGCCCUCUGCACUGGAGAAAAGGGAGAGGGCAAGUCCGGAAAGCCAUUGAGCUACAAGGGAUCUAUCUUCCACCGAGUUAUCAAGCAGUUCAUGAUCCAGGGUGGUGAUUUCACCGAGUUCAACGGCACCGGUGGAGAGUCAAUCUAUGGGGAGAAAUUCGACGAUGAGAACUUCCAACUCAAGCAUGACCGUCCAUUCCUGCUCUCCAUGGCCAACUCCGGGCCCGGAACCAAUGGAAGCCAGUUCUUUGUUACCACUGUUCCCACCCCCCAUCUUGAUGGAAAGCACGUCGUCUUCGGAGAAGUGAUCAACGGCAAAGGACUUGUCCGCAAGGUGGAACAACUCCCAACCAGCCCUGGUGACAAGCCACACUCGGAAGUCAAGGUCGUUGCCUGCGGUGAAAUUACGGGCGAUGAAUAUGAAACCGCUACUAAGCGUGCUGUAGACCCAACUGGAGAUACAUAUGAAGACUACCCAGAAGACAACGACCAGGAGUUCACAGGUCCCGAGUAUUUCAAGAUUGCCACUGAACUUAAGGAGUUUGGCAAUACUGCUUUCAAGUCUGGUGAUGUGCAGCUGGGUCUGGAGAAAUACCAAAAGGGUUUGCGCUACCUUAAUGAAUAUGCCGAGCCUUCUGAGAAUGACCCCCCAGAGCUUGCUGGACAGAUGAUGACUCUCCGAUUUGCUCUCCACUCUAACUCCGCCCUCCUUGCUAACAAAUUGAAACGCUAUAAUGACGGCCGAACGUGGGCCGGAUAUGCUCUCGACCAAGCUGGUCAUGCCAAAGCCAAGGAUGCGGACCGGGCAAAGGCCCACUAUCGACGAGCUGUUGCCCUUGCUGGAUUGAAGGAGGAGGAUGGGGCUCUCAAGGACCUAGAAGCCGCUGCCAAAUUUGCCCCCAACGACGCUGGAAUCAUUGCCGAGAUCUCCCGUGUGAAGAAGAGUAUUGCUGAGCAAGACCGCAAGGCCAAAGCUGCUGCAAAGAAAUUCUUCUCUUAA